AUAUUAAUAAUUUGGAUACUGAACAUCUUAAUUUGACGUUGUUUUGACUUAAACAUGAUUUACAUCCUGUCUUAAAUCGACUACGUUAAAGCGGUUUACAACGGCUGCCUGGCCUUAUUUCAGCAUAGAGCUGUUGAAUACAUAAUUGCCUUGGUUUCACUGAAGUCUCGAGGUUCAGAGUGAGCAGUGACAGGAGGAUUGUUUUGGGGGGAAACCCCACCACAUUGGAAAGUCUCAUUCGCCUAAGAAGUUGGCAGCUCUUAAACCGCAAAAAUGGUUUUAGCUGAUCUGGGGAGGAAGAUAACCUCAGCUUUGAGGUCUCUCAGCAAUGCCACCAUCAUCAACGAGGAGGUAUUAAAUGCUAUGCUAAAGGAGGUCUGUGCUGCCCUGCUGGAGGCUGAUGUGAAUAUCAAGUUGGUAAAGCAGCUUAGAGAAAAUGUCAAGGCAGCCAUUGAUCUGGAGGAAAUGGCUUCUGGCCUAAACAAGAGAAGAAUGAUCCAGCAUGCUGUUUUCAAGGAACUUGUCAAGCUGGUGGAUCCUGGAGUGAAAGCCUGGACUCCCACGAAGGGAAAGAACAAUGUUAUUAUGUUUGUGGGUCUGCAGGGCAGUGGGAAAACCACAACAUGUUCUAAGUUGGCAUACUACUACCAAAGAAAAGGAUGGAAGACGUGUUUGAUUUGUGCCGACACAUUCAGAGCAGGUGCCUUUGACCAACUCAAGCAAAAUGCAACAAAAGCCAGAAUACCCUUUUAUGGGAGUUACACAGAAAUGGAUCCAGUGAUCAUAGCUUCAGAGGGUGUGGAAAAAUUCAAGACUGAAAACUUUGAAAUAAUCAUUGUGGACACUAGUGGUAGACACAAACAGGAAGACUCACUUUUUGAAGAAAUGCUUCAGGUGUCAAAUGCUGUGCAACCUGACAACAUAGUGUACGUGAUGGACGCCUCCAUUGGUCAGGCUUGUGAGGCUCAGGCUAAGGCCUUUAAAGACAAGGUAGAUGUGGCUUCUGUUAUUGUCACAAAACUGGACGGCCAUGCCAAGGGUGGUGGUGCACUCAGUGCUGUGGCGGCCACAAAGAGUCCCAUCAUUUUUAUUGGCACAGGCGAGCACAUCGACGACUUCGAGUCUUUCAAGACUCAACCCUUCAUAAGCAAACUGCUCGGUAUGGGAGAUAUUGAGGGACUGAUUGACAAAGUGAAUGAACUUAAGCUUGAUGACAACGAGGAGCUUAUUGACAAGCUCAAACAUGGUCAGUUUACACUCAGGGACAUGUAUGAACAGUUUCAGAACAUCAUGAAGAUGGGACCUUUUGGUCAGAUCAUGGGAAUGAUCCCAGGCUUUGGAACAGAUUUCAUGAGCAAAGGAAAUGAGCAGGAGUCUAUGGCCAGACUAAAGAAACUCAUGACAAUAAUGGAUAGUAUGAAUGACCAGGAACUUGACAACAAAGAUGGUGCCAAGCUCUUCAGUAAACAGCCUAACCGCAUCCAGCGAGUGGCUCGGGGGUCUGGAGUGGCUACCAGGGAUGUGCAAGAGUUACUCACACAGUACACAAAGUUCGCCCAGAUGGUCAAAAAGAUGGGAGGCAUUAAAGGCUUAUUUAAAGGAGGGGACAUGUCCAAGAACGUCAACCCAUCACAGAUGGCGAAACUGAACCAGCAGAUGGCUAAAAUGAUGGAUCCAAGAGUGCUUCACCACAUGGGUGGGAUGGCUGGACUGCAGUCUAUGAUGAGGCAGUUUCAGCAGGGAGCUGCUGGCAACAUGAAAGGCAUGAUGGGAUUUAACAACAUGUGAUCCUGUAAACGGAGGAUGCAAAAGAAUCAGAUGGUUUUAGCAAA